AUAUAUAUUAGAAACGAAGGAGAAAUAAAGAAGUGAGAAGAUCGGAAUCAAGUGGGGCGUCGGAGCAGGAAAGGAAACCCGCUUCCUGUCUUUCUCUUAAAUGACAUGUAUACUUGGUGUGAAUUAUGACAUGGGUAUUAUGAAUUUACCCUACUGAUUGGUGGGUGUUGUAGAAUUUUAGUUUUGGAUUGGAUAUUGGGUUUGGAAAGCAUGAAAAGUCAAGUUUGGAGAUGGAGUUUGGGUUUGAUAUACAUUGUUGCUGUUGCCUCUAUCUGGAUAGCUGCUAGUUUCGUGGUUCAGUCUGUUGUUGAUGCGGGUGUUUCACCGUUUCUUAUCACCUACAUUUGCAAUUCAUUGUUUGUGGUUUACAUUCCCUUAGUUGAAAUCGGGCGUGUUUUGGAGGAUACUUAUGGGGGUUUAUGGUCUUGGAAAAACAAAAAGAGCAGCGUUUCUCAAGGCUUGGGAGAGUCAGAGCAGGUUGUUCUUCUUGGGGAGAGUGAUUUAGGUGCAAAAGGCAAUGCUGCGACUUCAUCUGUGCCUGUGGAAGAAGGCCGAGUCAGCCAGCAUGUAGAAGGUAUUAGUCAUGAAGCAAAAUUUGGAUCACAUGAGCUUCAAGGGAUUUUACCAGAUCAGGAUAAAGCCAUUGGCAAUGUUGAUAAACAAGUUGAUGCCAAAGGGCGUUGGACUCGCACUAGAGUGGCAAAAGUUAGCUUACUCAUAUGCCCAUUUUGGUUUUUGGCACAACUCACAUUUAAUCUCUCAUUGAAAUAUACUACAGUCACGUCAAAUACCAUCUUAAGCAGUGCAUCCAGCCUUUUUACAUUUUUGGUCUCUCUAGCAUUCUUGUCUGAGAAGUUUACUUGGUUGAAGCUCAUUAGUGUUCUUCUUUGUAUGGUUGGAACAAUAAUUGUCAGCUUAGGGGACUCUCAAACUGGUUUAACUGUGGCUUCAAACCCCCUUCUUGGAGACAUUCUUGCACUUGCCUCAGCGGCAUUAUAUGCUGUGUAUAUUACACUUAUUCGCAAGAAGCUACCUGAUGAUGAUGGGAAGAGUGGACAAGCCAGUAUGGCUCAAUUCCUUGGAUUUCUAGGGCUUUUCAACCUCCUCAUUUUCCUUCCUGUUGCCCUGAUACUCAAUUUCACAAAGCUAGAACCUUUUAAUCUGCUUACCUGGGAGCAAUUUGGUCUAAUUAUUGGUAAAGGUUUGUUAGAUAAUGUGCUGAGCGAUUAUUUAUGGGCCAAGGCCAUUCUUUUGACAACCACAACGGUAGCAACAGCUGGUCUUACAAUUCAGGUCCCGUUAGCAGCUAUAGUCGAUUCAAUAAUGGGCAAUGCCCCUCGUCUCAUGGAUUACCUUGGAGCUCUGGCCGUCUUGAUUGGAUUUGCUGGCAUCAACAUUCCUUCAGAUGCUUUUAGCAGAUCAAAAGAAGCCAGCGUUGAGUUAGAAAACGACACUCUCAUUCCAUCCAGUGAUCAAGGUCAUGUGUCAUCAAUCAGUCAAUCUGCAGCCACCAUUUCAUAGCACGUCGUUGCUGCUUCUCUUUGGUUUUUAUACCGGUGUAGAUUGAAGGUAAUCUUGUAAGUGCUAAUACAAUAUAUUGUACCAUUUAACACAAGCCUAUACUGUAACAUUUUUUAAGGGUGAAAAUAUAGAAUAAUGAGCAGUAGUAUCAGGUGAAAAUUUAUAUCACUCCAUUUUAUUUUUCAUGUUAUUCUUAGAGGUAAUCGCUAGUA